UCGCGUAUGUUGACUAGUUAGUUUUCUGUCGGCUCUUGUUCAUAAUGGCUGCCGUCGUGCAGAAGUUUCGUUCGCGAUGUGUGCGGUUUUGUCAAAGAAUUUCUUCCAGACAUAUAUCGACUUCAUCUAUUCGAAGAGGAAAGCCUACCUUCGACUGGAAAGAUCCGUUCAAUCUUGAAUCGCAGCUGACUCAAGAUGAGAUUCUGAUCAGAGAUCAGGUCCGUUCGUACUGCCAGAAGAAGCUGUUGCCCCGAGUAAUCGAGGCGAAUCGAAAAGAAAUGUUUCACAAGGAAAUCAUGAAGGAGUUGGGCGAACUGGGAAUUCUGGGAUGCACGAUGAAGGGUUACGGUGCCGCGGGCGUCUCUUCCGUAGCCUACGGUCUUCUAGCCAAGGAAAUCGAGGCUGUGGACAGUGGGUAUAGGUCUGCCUUCUCGGUGCAGUCAUCCCUCGCAGCGGGUGCGAUUCAUAUGCACGGCAACGAGUCGCAAAAGGAACGGUUUUUACCUAAACUCGUUUCUGGCGAAGCAAUCGGUUGUUUUGGAUUGACCGAGCCCAAUUAUGGUAGCGAUGUUGCAGGCAUGGAGAGUAAAGCUACUUACGACGAAGGAAAAAAGAUUUACAGGUUGAACGGGAGCAAAACAUGGAUCACAAAUUCUCCGAUUGCCGACGUAUUGAUCAUCUGGGCGAAAUGCGACGAUGGGAAAAUCCGUGGGUUCAUCGUCGAGAGGAAGGGUAACGAGGGUCGCUUGUCCACGCCAAAAAUCGAAGGAAAAUUCUCCUUGAGAGCUUCCGUCACGGGCAUGAUUCUGAUGGACAACGUGGAAGUACCAGCGGAGAAUCUCUUACCGAACGCUGAGGGACUCAAAGGCCCGUUCAGUUGUUUGAACAACGCUCGAUACGGCAUCGCGUGGGGAGCUUUGGGAGCCGCGGAAUCUUGUAUGCAGGUAGCCAGACGGUAUACUUUGGAACGGAAUCAAUUUAAGAGACCGCUCGCAGCCAAUCAAUUGAUGCAGGUCAAGUUAGCCGACAUGAUGUGCGACAUCGCGUUCGGCUUACAGGCUUGUUUGAGGGUUGGCAGAUUAAAAGACGAGGACAAAGUUACGCCAGAAAUGAUCUCCAUGAUAAAGAGGAACUCGUCUACGAAAGCUUUGGAAAUCGCAAGAACUGCCAGAGAUAUGUUGGGUGGUAACGGGAUAUCGGACGAAUACCAUGUCAUCAGGCACGCGAUGAACUUGGAGAGCGUCGUUACCUAUGAAGGUACGAAGGACGUUCAUGCUUUGAUACUUGGCAGAGCGAUUACCGGCAUACAAGCCUUCGGAGCAUGAAUGCUAAACGGAUAACCAGUUUGAUAACAGAUAAAAUACUACUAUAAAAUACUCUUGAAAGACGAUGACGCUUACAUGUAUAUACAUUUUUGUAUACCAUUUUUGUUGUACCAAAAUAAUUUCUCCGAGAACAAAGGUCCUGCGUUCUACGUCUUUUAAUUUAACGGUUAUUUCGUUUCGCGAUUCGUAAUCUUAAUCUUCCGGCAUCUCGAAUGUCCUUUCGUUUGUAAAUGAAACAAUUGGGAAUACAAAGGAACGAAAGCGAACGUCCAAUAAAUGACAAGACUACCAAUCCCUCUUUCUCGAGUUUAUUUAACUUAACUGCGAGCUCCCAUGAAUUAAUGUUUAUUUGACUAGAUUCCGUUGCUACAACGAAGGCGUCUACCUCAUCGCAAACCUUCCGACGCGCUAAUCCUUCCUAAGUCUUGCUUAAAAUUAAACUCUCCUUUAACAACUGACAUUACAAACCACGCAACCGAAGUUUCAGAAACCGAUGCUCACGGAUUUCGACGAAAUCCGCGAAAGAAGAGGUAAACGAUCGAUCGCUGUUCGAUCGAAUCGCGUCAUCUCCAGAGAGUAAAAGAACGAUCCAAAAUAAAAUGUUCGUAGUUAUGUCGACUUGCACAAUUCACGUGAAAAAUAAAACCGUAGGAAAAAGAGACGAAAGUUGCGCGUCAGCGAAGAAGAAUCAAACAACAAUCCGGGUGGCCCUCGGUCGUACGGAAGUUUCUUUCAUUUUGUUAUCUCUCUGUUCUUUCAUUUUCACCAGUCGACACCGUCGAAUUGCACAUUUAUUUUUGUCCGUUGAAAGGGAGCGUGAAACACACAAGCCUCCUGCUUACUUUUUAAUCAUCGACAAGGGCGUAUCACAACACAAGCGGUACUCCGAUGUAAUCAUAAAUAAAUUAAGUUUAAUUGCUAAGUAAUAAAACGUUAAUUACAUAUGUCAAUUGAUAAUUAAUUUAAGUACAACACACGUCUCGUGCAAAAGUGUAAAGAAGUUUCUUUUUUUCGUGCUACACUCAAUUACCAUUGUUUUUUUUUUUGUUGUUUUUGGUUUUACGACGUAAGUUACUCUUCUUGUUCUGUCUUCUUUUGGUUGAUUGGUUUGUUUACGUGUCUGUGUGUGUGUACGCGUGUGCGCGUGUGUAUGUGUGUGUAUGUGUUUUCUUUUUUUUUUUUUCGUAAAUGGUUCUCGACUACAAUAAGCUCUUGGUAAAACGUAGUAACAUCGUAGUUUACAGUAGUUUACAGCCGCCCCCGUCCCUCGCGCGCGUUCCGAUCUCGACAGAACUCGCGUGUCUAUUACGUACAUAAUUCCGCGUUCUCAUGCUGCAAUCGAAUUUUCCAUCUAAUAAUUUCGAUCGACGGGAGAAAGAACAUCCUCAAAUUUCGUGACUCGACGGCGUAGUAUCGACGCUUUUUGGAUCCCAGAUCCUCGAUCGUCGCCGUUCGAUCGACGAGCGGACGCUAACAAAGUGGUCGCUUACAAGAAAAAACUACCCCCUCGUCGAUCUUUCCGGCGGAUCGAUCUCAGCUGAAAAAUUCGACUUCAUCAUUUACAAGUGUAAUUCUGUUGCAACCGCUUGCGCUCUCCUUCUUUAUCACCCCCUC